UUUGAAUUCACAGUCAUGUGGAAGAUUGGGAGGCAGGCGAUUAACUACUUACAACAACUGAAUGCUGCAAAUGUCCACACUGCUUCGUUAGAAAAUGGGCAAAAUCGUGUCAUAGAGGCUUCUCUUACUCUCAUUCGCGAGCAUGCAAAACUUAAGGGGGAGCUUGUGCGAGCAUUAGGAAGUGCUACAGCAUCAACAGCACUUUUUGGAGUUCCUUUAGGGCAUAACUCAUCUUUUCUUCAGGGACCUGCAUUUGCUCCUCCAUGGAUUAGGGAGGCAAUGUGGUGUGACAGCACAAACUCUACAACUGAAGAAGGGGCAGAUAUAAAGGAUCCACGUGUUUUAACUGAUGUUGGGGAUCUUCCUGUUCAAGAGAUUCGAGAUUGUGGUGUAGAUGAUGAUAGAUUGAUGAAAACUAUAAGUGAUUCUGUGAAACUUGUGAUGGAAGAAGUUCCACUUCGCCCAUUAGUUUUAGGUGGUGACCACUCAAUAUCUUAUCCUGUUGUAAGAGCUGUAUCAGAGAAGCUUGGUGGACCUGUGGAUAUUCUUCAUUUAGAUGCCCAUCCUGAUAUCUAUGAUGCUUUUGAAGGAAACAAAUAUUCACAUGCUUCUUCUUUUGCUCGAAUUAUGGAGGGUGGUUAUGCACGGCGGCUUCUUCAAGUUGGCAUUAGGUCCAUAAAUUAUGAAGGGCGUGAACAGGGGAAAAGAUUUGGUGUGGAGCAAUAUGAAAUGCGAACAUUUUCAAGAGAUCGGCAAUUUUUGGAGAAUUUGAAACUAGGGGAAGGUGUAAAGGGAGUGUAUAUUUCAGUAGAUGUGGACUGCCUUGAUCCAGCAUUUGCUCCUGGGGUGUCACACAUAGAACCGGGAGGCCUAUCUUUCCGUGACGUCCUCAACAUCCUCCACAACCUCCAAGGUGAUAUUGUUGGUGCAGAUGUUGUGGAGUUUAACCCACAGCGUGACACUUUUAGUGGAAUGACUGCCAUGGUUGCUGCAAAGCUGGUAAGAGAAUUGGCUGCAAAGAUGUCAAAAAUCGUGACAGACUCUCAGUGCAGGGUAAUCUUUACUUCUGUUUCUGCUGCUUCUGCUUCUGCAUCUGCAUCUGCAUCUCCUUCUUCUUCUUAUCGGUUUCUUUUCCAGUUACUAUUUGUCAAGGAUGGAAGCUCAGUAGAAAAACCUAUUUCCAAAUUAGUUGGUUCUGUUACUGUCUUUGCUAGUUGGUAUGAUAUGAAGGAACUGGGCUCAUAUCAACUCUAG